AUGAGAACUCCACAGCCCACUCCUGAAUGUAUCGACUUCUUAUUUCCCAUAGUCCUCAUUCUCACCAUCUUGGGGAAUUUGACCAUAAUAAAUUCCAUCUCAUAUUUCAAGCAGCUUCAUUCUCCGACCAGUUUCCUCAUCUUAUCCAUGGCUGGCACAGAUUUCCUGCUGGGCUUUGCCAUUAUGCCCUACAGCAUGGUGAGGUCUAUAGAGAAAUGCUGGUUUUUUGGAAUAAUAUUCUGCAAAGUUCAUUACAGUUUUGACUUGAUGCUCUGUUUAGCUUCCAUUUUCCAUCUUUGUUCCAUUGCCAUUGAUAGGUUUUAUGCAAUCCGCCAUCCUCUGCAUUACACCAGCACCAUGACUGUCACAACCAUAAAACAAAUUGUAGCAGUCUGCUGGUCAGUGCCUGCUGCUUUUGCUUUUGGUGUGGUUUUCUCGGAAGUUUAUGCUUCUGAAAUUGAGGGCUAUGAAAAGCUAGUUAAAUGCUUGUGCCCUAUUGUGUUCAACAAACUGUGGAGAGCUUUUCCAUUUACAGUUGGUUUCUUUGCUCCUGCUUGCAUUAUGAUAGGAAUUUAUGUUAAAAUUUUUACAGUCUCCCAAAAGCAAGUCAGGAUGAUAAACAACAUGAGUAGGAGUAUUGCGUCUCAGCUACACAUAGAGGCAUCCAAGAACAAAAGGAAAGCAGCAAAGACUCUUUGGGUAGAUGAAGUCCAUCUUUUGUGUUGGUUGCCCUUUUCUAUUGACACCAUCGCAGACAGACUUCUGGAUUUCAUUACUCCUCCAGCUCUGUUGGUCCUAAUUUGAUUUGCUUACUUCAGUUCGGUCUGCAAUCCUAUAUUGUGCAUCUAUGUAUUUUCCUACCAUUGGUUCAGGAAAGCUGUGAAACUUGUCUUAACGUGUUGGAUCUUUCUUAAAAUCUUUGUUCAGCAGCAAGCUGCAUGGCGGCUGGGUCAGGAGGAGCCCUGGUGCCGGGGCUACUGCCCUCACAGCCACGCGCGGCCUCCUCCUCCUCCUCAUCCUCCUCAUCCUCCCGAGCCCAGUCCUGGCAGCCGUGUGAACGCCCCCUUCUUUCCUCGUGUUCCUGGCAUCACUUGCCCCCUCUCUCAGCUGUAUAUCAUGUACCUCUGCAUUUAA